UGUCACUUCGGGUAUUUACCGUCAUAUACUCAAUACUGUUCUGUAAUUUACCUGUCUACCUCAGUGCGGCGUAUAUAUAUACCAGGUUUUCUGUUGAAUAAUUGCCAAGUACAACCAAGUACAACGUAAUUAGCGUUCAACGAAAGGAAGCGUAUUUAAGGCCGUAGGCAAGACCCACUAUCAUUAGUAUCAUUUAAAAAGAGAAGUCUAUAUAAAGUUCUAAAAGAUUUUGUAAACAUAAUGGCUGAGAAGGAAGAAGAGGAAGUUACAGACAUACUUUGGGAAGAGACGAAGACUUUUGCCGUGGAACAGCAACAAUGCUUGUAUGAUAGUCUUCCUGACUACUUAAUGUAUAAAAGUGAUGAACAUAAAUAUCUAAAACAGAAUAUUGGAUAUGCUCGUUAUGGGUCGCCAAAGGAUACCAAGGAGGCAAGUGCAACAGAGAGCAAUAGCUGUUAUUGCAAAACAGAAAAUUCAAGUGAUACAGACGUAGCUGAUUCCGUGGUUUAUGAUAAAAAAGCUCAAGAGACCAUAGAUAAGAUAUAUGAUAAGAUCUGCAAAUGUGCCGGAGAAACUGAUAGUUCUGAACCAAUUUAUGUUGGUAUAAUUUAUAAUAUGGUAUUCCGUCAGAAAAUGAAUAUAAAAUCUAAGAAAAAAGAAGGAAAAAAGAAAGAAGAAAAAACGGAAGUUAAAAAAGAAGGAGAAACGGAAGUUAAAAAAGAAGAAGAAAUAGAAGUAAAAGAAACGAAAACAGAAGCAAAAGUAGAUGAAAAGGAUAAGAAGAUAAUACUACUUGACGUAUUACCUGUCCCCAUUUUUAAAAUCAAAAGAAGGAUUCAGAAAAACUCCGAAACUACAAAAAACGCAAAGCAAGAAGACGCAGCAAUUACCGAUGAAAUACAGUAUGAAACAUGGUUCGUUGCUCACAAUGCCAGAGUGUAUAAAAAUUGGAGAGACUAUGUCGAAAAUAAUGAUUUACCAGCUUUCACUAUGGUUCUUCCAAAAGAUGGUGUUUAUCAACCAAAUCCGGAUUAUCCAAUUACAGAGGAUUAUUCGACGGUUUGGCUGGAAAUUAUGGAGUCUCCUGCGUGUAAUUGGAAAACAAAACUCUGCUAUGGAAUCGAUAUCGCUUCCAAUGUCGUUGGAUUUGGCACCGUUGGCUUGACCGUUGCUUCGCUGUUCACACCUCUUGCACCAGUUGUUGUCGUGUCAGGUCUUGCUGCUGCUGGUGCGACUGGUGCUUGGUCAUUUGGCCGAAACGUACAACAAUUAGCAGAUCGCAGUAGCCACGAAGAAUCUAUUCAUGUGUUUGACAAAGAAGCACUUCCACAUUACCUUGGCAUAGCCGGUACUGCAUUUGGUUUAGGAGUAGUUGGAGGAUCAGCGAUUAUUUCCAAUGUUGCUGCACGUGGUAUGACAGUAAACACCGUCGCAAGAGCAGCAUUCAAUACUGUACAAGGUGGCAAUCUGUUCAUUAAUGGCGUUGGCGUAUUAUAUCAGAGUUACAACAUGAUAGACAAAUAUAUAACAGACAAGACAGUCAGCAUGGGAGACGCACUAAAUUUGGCGACGCAUCUUAUGUUUUUCUGCGGCUCCGUAGUAAAGGUUCAAUUCGCCAGCGACAUCAUCGAGAGUACCCAAGGUAGAAUUAUGACUGAUUACAAGGAGAGUUUGGGCACUAAACGUCUCCGUAAAAAGUACAAUCGCGCUUUGAGAAAAGCUGCCAAAACUAACGUAUGCAAAAUAGAAGAGAAUGCAGAAGUGAUACGCUACAUAAGAAAUCGUCAAGAGCUAUCGUCUAAUCAAUCUUUAACUAAAGGCGGUAACCGGAUAUCAGACAAAGCUUCACGUAAUAUCGUAUGGUCGUGCGAACAUGGUAGACUAAAAGUUAAUGGUAUCUUAUUGUUAGAUCCUAUCGUUUAUGUUACCCGUCUUAUAAGACUGGGCAUAUUCAUCGAAAGUAACCAGAAUAAUUCAUCUGGUCCACAUGCUGAUGACUCUAUCGCUGAUCAAUUAGCAAGGGUACUUUGUGAUUUAUUAUCGAAGUUGUAUGUAAGCGACGACUGUCCCAAAAGCACCAAAAUACCGAUAGUGCCUGACUUUGAACCACUGCUAAGGGAGAUGGGUUCUAUGAACAUUAAUGAAGAGUGCUUGAAGAAGCUAUUUGCAGUCGCUGUAAAGUUAAUGAAACGUUCCAGAGAUAUGGACGAUUUUUUAUUUCUAACUUUUACCUUUGUUUGGCAGUAUUGUAAAGCGAAUUUGAAGCAGUGGGGCAUGAGCUUAACCUAUUGCACGCAAAGCAUUUCCAGCAGCAAGAUUUUGGAAAAGAUUAUUAUCGCAAUUUUUGAAGCGAUUGAUAUGUUGCUUAAUAACUUAUCUAAUGCUUUUAUGACGUAUAUGAACACCAGUUUGCACAGAUAAAUAAAGAAUAUAAAUUUUAAUAUGACUAAUACGACAAAGAAAAAUUAGAAAAAUAGUGCGCACAAUAGUUUAUGUAGGAAUAAGUCACGAUUUGUAUAGAAAUAUAUGCUAUAUUUAUUAGGCAACAGAUUAGUAAAGUUUAAGCUUUAGAGUGAAGUCUUUGCCACACGGAUUUGUGCCUAGAUACAUCAUUGAACAAAUAGUGAAAUUGUUAACUUUUGUUAUAAUUUAUCUUAAAUAUGUUAUAAAUAAUUACAUUAAUUUAAAUCAAAUUUAUAUCAAGAGACACAAUAACAGCUUGCGCUAAUUAUAAGUAUAACAACCUUAAAAACAAGUCACAUGUAUAUCUAUUUUUAAAAACAUAUCUUUUGGCGCAUAUGUGUCUCAAUAAAUGAAUGGUGUUAUAUAUUUUUAAAGUAUUGUAAUAUAUGGAGGGAUAAAAACCAGAGUGUAAGUCAAAUUUUUUUAAAUAUUUUCUUGUGUGCAUAGAUACAAUUUGUACAAUAUAUAAAUUGCAUCUAUGCACAUGAGAAAAUAUUUUUAAAAAUUCGACUUACACCACUCUGGUUUUUACUCCUCCAUAUGAAGGGGUAAAAGACAUAGUAAUGUAAGUCAAAUUUUUAAAAAUAUUUUCUCGUGUGCAUAGAUGCAAUUUAUAUAUUGUAUAGAUUGCAUCUAUGCACACAAGUCAAAAUAUUUUUAAAAAUUUGACUUACAUCACUAUGGCUUUUAAGUUAUUAUGAAAAAGUGCUUCUCGCGCAAUUCGGAACAAUUACAAAUCUUUGGAAAUACACCACAUAUUCUGUGCCUUGUAUUCCAAUCUUUUAUGUAUUGUAUGUAUAUUUUAUAUAUUAUAUAUGCAAAGUAUAUGUCAUUGAAAAUUAUAAAACAAUAAAUACGAUCUAUUUCCUUAUUUGCACUUUGUACUUUUCAUUAAGUUAUAGUUUAUCCUGAUUUAGCAAAAUAAAGAUUCGCAAA